CGCGUGUUCGGCCCCGGGCGCGCGCAUCCCUGCCAGCUCCGGGGGCCCCGCGGGGUUGGGAAAUGAUGGAGCAGGCGGAGGCAGCAGCGACCGAAUGCUGAGUAGGACCUGCGGAAUCCGCCGAGAUGGGAUCCCGCGCGGGCUCGCCCUUUGGGACGCUCCGCUUGCAGUGGCUGCUGUUGUUCGGCUUGGUGGGCCCGGUCCUUGGUGGGGCUCGGCCAGGCUUUCAACAGACCUCACAUCUCUCUUCUUAUGAAAUUAUAACUCCUUGGAGAUUAACUAGAGAACGAAGAGAAGCCCGUAGGCCCUAUUCAAAACAGGUAUCUUAUGUUAUUCAGGCUGAAGGAAAAGAGCAUAUUAUUCACUUGGAAAGGAACAAAGACCUUUUGCCCAAAGACUUUGUAGUUUAUACCUAUAACAAGGAAGGGGCUCUCAUCUCUGACCAUCCUGAUAUACAGGAUCAUUGCCAUUAUCGGGGCUAUGUGGAGGGACUUUAUAAAUCAUCUGUUGCUCUUAGUGACUGUUUUGGACUCAGAGGACUGCUGCAUAUAGAGAAUGUGAGUUAUGGGAUUGAACCCCUGCAAAACAGCUCUCACUUUGAGCACAUCUUUUAUCGAAUGGAUGAUGUCCUCAAAGAGCCUCUGAAAUGUGGGGUUUCCAACAAGGAUAUGGAGAAAGAAACAGCACAGGAUGAAGAGGAGGAGCCUCCUAGCAUCACUCAGCUACUUCGAAGAAGAAGAGCUGUGCUGCCACAAACCCGCUAUGUGGAGCUGUUCAUUGUCGUAGACAAGGAAAGGUAUGACAUGAUGGGAAGAAAUCAGACUGCAGUGAGAGAAGAGAUGAUUCGUUUAGCAAACUACUUGGAUAGUAUGUAUAUUAUGUUAAAUAUUCGAGUUGUGCUAGUUGGACUGGAGAUUUGGACAAAUGGAAACCUGAUCAGCAUAAUGGGAGGUGCUGGUGAUGUGUUGGGGAACUUUGUACAGUGGCGGGAAAAGUUUCUUAUAACACGUCGGAGACAUGACAGUGCACAGCUAGUUCUGAAGAAAGGUUUUGGUGGGACCGCGGGAAUGGCAUUUGUGGGAACAGUGUGUUCAAGGAGCCACGCAGGCGGGAUUAAUGUGUUUGGGCAAAUUACGGUGGAGACAUUUGCAUCCAUUGUGGCUCAUGAGUUGGGUCAUAACCUUGGAAUGAAUCAUGAUGAUGGGAGAAAUUGUAUUUGUGGAGCAAAGAGCUGCAUCAUGAAUUCAGGAGCGUCAGGUUCCAGGAACUUUAGCAGUUGCAGUGCAGAGGAUUUUGAGAAGUUAACUUUAAAUAAAGGAGGAAACUGCCUUCUUAAUAUUCCAAAGCCUGAUGAAGCCUAUAGUGCUCCUUUCUGUGGUAAUAAAUUGGUGGACCCCGGGGAAGAGUGUGACUGUGGUACUCCAAAGGAAUGUGAAUUGGACCCUUGUUGUGAAGGAAGUACUUGUAAACUUAAAUCAUCUGCUGAGUGUGCAUAUGGCGAUUGUUGUAAAGCUUGUUUGUUUCUUCCAGGAGGUACUGUGUGUCGAGGAAAAACCAAUGAAUGUGAUCUUCCAGAAUAUUGCAAUGGUACUUCUCAGUUCUGUCAGCCAGAUGUUUUUAUUCAGAAUGGAUAUCCUUGCCAGAAUAACAAAGCCUAUUGUUACAACGGCAUGUGCCAGUAUUAUGAUGCUCAGUGUCAAGUCAUCUUUGGCUCAAAAGCCAAGGCUGCCCCAAGAGAUUGUUUCAUUGAUGUGAAUUCUAAAGGUGACAGAUUUGGCAAUUGUGGUUUCUCUGGCAAUGAAUACAAGAAGUGUGCCACUGGGAAUGCUUUGUGUGGAAAGCUUCAAUGUGAGAAUGUACAAGAAAUGCCUGUAUUUGGAAUUGUUCCUGCUAUUAUCCAGACUCCCAGUGGAGGCACCAAAUGUUGGGGUGUGGAUUUUCAGCUAGGAUCAGAUGUUCCAGAUCCUGGGAUGGUGAAUGAAGGCACAAGAUGUGAUGUUGGAAAGAUCUGUAGAAACUUCCAAUGUGUAAAUGCUUCUGUUCUGAAUUAUGACUCUGACAUUCAGAAGAAGAAGUGUCAUGGACAUGGGGUAUGUAAUAGCAAUAAGAAUUGUCACUGUGAAAAUGGCUGGGCUCCCCCAAAUUGUGACACUAAAGGAUACGGAGGAAGUGUGGACAGUGGACCUCCAUAUAAUGAAAAUAAUACUGCAUUGAGGAAUGGACUUCUAGUAUUCUUCUUAAUUGUUCCCCUUAUUGUAUUUGCUGCUUUUGUCUUCUUCAAGAGAAAUCAACUACGGCAAAGCUGCUUCAGAAAGAAGAGAUCACAAACAUAUGAAUCAGAUGGAAAAAAUCAAGGAAAAGUUUCUAGACACCCAGUGAGUGUUCCGCGACAUGUUUCUCCAGUGACUCCUCCCAGAGAAGUUCCUAUAUAUGCAAACAGAUUUCCUGUACCAACUUACGCAGCCAAGCAGCCUCAGCAGUUCCCAUCAAGGCCACCUCCACCACAACCGAAAGUAUCAUCUCAGGGAAAUUUAAUUCCUGUUCGUCCUGCUCCUGCGCCUCCUUUAUAUAGUUCCCUCGCUUGAUUGUUUUACCUUUCCUUUUACAGAUGUCUUCAGGGAACUGAGCUAAUCCUUUUUUUUUCUUCUGAUAUUUUCUUGAAAAUCCUUUCCUCCUGCUGCAACUAUGAAUGAAAAUAAAACACCACAAAACAAACUUUACUAACACAGAAAAACAGAAAUUGAGUAGUGGGAAUUGAGAAAAGAAAUUCAAUGAAGUCAGGGAAUUUAGAAUAACAUUUUCAUUUCCAUCACUGAAUAAGUCUUAUUCAGUCAUCUGUGAAGUUAAUGCACCUAAUAACAUGAAUUGGUAUUUUGAACAUGUUACUGUAAUGAUUCUCAAAUUAAUUGUAUUGGUUUAAGUUUUGUUAUUAUGUGCUUAAAUGUAAUUAUGACCUUUGACCUUAGUUAUCAUUAAUGUAGUUCCAGGUUGAACAUGUGAUAAUCUAAUACCUAUGAACACUAACUGCCAAUAAUAUCUAAUAUUUUUCAUUUUGCACAGACUAAUCAUCAUAUGCUAGAAUCAUGAAUAAAGGUUUGUUCUGUCUUCAGAAGAAUGCACAAAUCCCACAAUUAAGAUAACAAUAUUACUUUUUAAGUACAAAAUACACUUAAAGUGUAUAUGUGUAUAUUCACACACAGUUAUCUCCCAUUUGAUUCUGUGGAUUCUAUGGGUAAUAGACGCUAUGGAUCUAUCUAUGGAUAAUGAAUAUUAGAAAAAUUAAUUUAAAUAGAAUUCCGUUGUGAAUCAUGUUAAAACAUGACAUCCUUUUACAAUAGCAUUAUUUUAAUAAAGUAUAAAUUUUAAGGUACAAAGUAUUUAAUAGAACUAAUCAAGAUAUACUAUUGAUUCAAGGCUAUGUAAAGCAGGAGCAAUUGUAUCUUCAAUCAGUUGAACUGUUAUAAAACCACUUGAGAAUUUCCUGAGCACUUUAAUUAAGUUUAAAAUCUGAAACUUCAAAGCUUGCUAUUAAUGUAAUUUAGAAUGUUUACAUUUACUAAAGUGUGCUGGAACAUGUUUCUCUUGAACUAAUAUUUUCAAAGAAAUUAGGCUAGAGAAAGGAAGGAAGAAAAGGUUUUCUUAGAUAAGUGCAAAAUAGUUAUGUGGUGUCCGUGAGUUAUCAUCACAACUGUUAAAAAUGAAUUUUUACUAUGGAAGAAAUGGUGUGAAUGGUAAAAAUUUAAGUACUUAAAAAUUUUACAUAACCUUUCAUAAUAAAGUUUAAUAAUAGGUUUAUUAACUGAAUUUUCCUUAGUUUUUCCAAAAGAAUUUUGGUUUGUGUAUAUAUACGUAUGCAAAUAUAACACAAUAAAAAAAUUACUUGAAAUUCUGUUUUGUGUUGCAAAGUAACUUUCUACUCAGCUGUUUAUAAUAUUAAUUAAAACAUUAUACUAAGCAAAACUAUUGUACUAGUCAAUCUUUUACAGAUAUUUCACUAAUAUUUAGAUUUCUGUCAAAUUGUACACAAUGGCUUUUUGUUAUUAAAGGAAAACAGUUUUGAAGAAGAUAUUUCAGUUCUCUGAAGAUGAUACAUUAUUUUAACAAUCAGGCAUACAUUAAAAAUUAUAAACAAUC